UUAUAAAUAUCAAUUAAGUCCAUCUUGUUUAAUGUAUCAUUUAAAGCUUUUGUUUACUAAUUUAUUUGCAUUUUGGCUUUUCUGUCCAUUGGUGAAAGUAGGUGUUAAAGUCCCCUACUAUUAUUGUGUUACUGUCAAUUUCCCCUUUUAUGGCUGUUAGCAUUUGCCUUAUGUAUUGAGGUGCUCCUAUGUUGGGUGCGUAAAUAUUUACAAUUUUUAUAUCUUCUUGGAUUGAUCCCUUGAUCAUUGUGUAGUGUCCUUCUUUGUCUCUUCUAAUAGUCUUUAUUUUAAAGUCUAUUUUGUCUGAUACGAGUAUUGCUACUCCAGCUUUCUUUUGAUUUCCAUUUUCAUGGAAUAUCUUUUUCCAUCCCCUCACUUUCAGUCUGUAUGUGUCUGAAGUGGGUCUGAAAUGGGUCUCUUGUAGACACCAUUUAUAUGGAUGUUGUUUUUGUAUCCAUUCAGCCAGUCUCUGUUUUUUGGUUGGAGCAUUUAAUCCAUUUACAUUUAAGGUAAUUAUCGAUAUGUAUGUUCCUAUUUCCAUUUUCUUAAUUUUUUUGUGUUUGUUAUUGUAGGUCUUUUCCUUCUCUUGUGUUUCCUGCCUACAGAAGUUCCUUUAGCAUUUGUUGUAAAGCUGGUUUCGUGGUGAUGAAUUUUCUUAACUUUUGCUUGUUUAUAAAGGUUUUAAUUUCUCUGUCGAAUCGGAAUGAGAUCCUUGUUGUGUAGCGUAAUCUUCAUUGUAGGUUUUUCCCUUUCAUCACUGUAAGUAUAUCCUGCCACUCACUUCUGGCUUACAGAGUUUCUGCUGAAAGAUCAGCUGUUAACUUUUUGGGGAUUCCUUUGUAUGUUAUUUGUUGCUUUUCCGUUGCUGCUUUUAGUAUUUUUUCUUUGUAUUUAAUUUUUGAUAGUUUUAUUAAUAUGUGCCUUGGUGUGUUUCUCCUUGGAUUUAUCCUGUAUGGGACUCUCUGCACUUCCUGGACUUGAUUUACUAUUUCCUUUCCCGUAUUAGGGAAGUUUUCAACUAUAAUUUCUUCAAAUAUUUUCUCAGUCCAUUUCUUUUCCUUUUCUUCCUCUGGGACCCCUAUAAUUCGAAUGUUGGUGAGUUUAAUGUUGCCCCAGAGGUCUCUGAGACUGUCCUCAAUUCUUUUCAUUCUUUUUCCUUCUCUGUGGUAGUUAUUUCCACUAUGUUAUUUUCCAGGUCACUUAUCUGUUCUUCUGGCUCAGUUAUUCUGCUACUGAUUUCUUCUGGAGAAUUUUUAAUUUCAUUUAUUUUGUUGCUCAUAAUUGUUUGUUUGCUCUUUAGUUCUUCUAGGUCCUUGUUAAACGUUUCCUGUAUUUUCUCCAUUCUAUUUCUAAGAUUUUGGAUCAUCUUUACUAUCAUUACUCUGAAUUCUUUUUCAGGUAGACUGCAUAUUUCCUCAUCAUUUUUUUUGGUCUAGUGGGUUUUUACCUUGCUCCUUUAUCUGUUGUGUAUUUCUCUGUCUUCUCAUUUUGCUUAAGUUACUGCAUUUGGGGCCUCCUUUUAGUAGGCUGCAGGUUCAUAGUUCCCACGAUUUUUCGUGUCUGCCCCAGUGGGUAAGGUUGGUUCAGUGGGUUGUGUAGGCUUCCUGGUGGAGGGGACUAAAGCCUGUGUUCUUGUGGAUGAGGCUGGAAUUUUCUGGUGGGCAGGACUGCAUCCAGUUGUGUGUUUUGGGGUGUCUGUGAACUUAGUAUGAUUUUAGGUAGCCUCUGUGCUAAUGGGUGGGAUUGUGUUCCUGUGUUGCUAGUUGUUUGGCGUGGGGUUUCCAGCACUUGAGCUUGCUGAUCGUUGAGUGGAACUGGGUGUUAAUGUUGAGAUGGAGAUCUCUGGGAGAGCUCUUACCAAUUGAUAUUAUGUGGGGCCAGGAGGUCUCUGGUGGAAAAGUGUCCUGAACUUGGCUCUCCCACCUCAGAGGCACAGGCUUGGCACCCGGCCAGAGCACCAAGACCCUGUCAGCCCCACGGCCAGAUACAUGGGGAUUUUCUUGCCUUUUGGGAAGUCUGAGGGCUUCUGACAGCAUUCAGUAGGUGUUCUGUAGGAGUUGUUCCACAUGUAGAUGUAUUUUUGAUGUAUUUGUGGGGAGGAAGUUGAUCUCCACAUCUUACUUCCCUGCCAUCUUGAAGGUCCUAUGGUUGAGGCUUUGAUAUUAUUCAGACAUGGAUUUAAGUUCUGACUUAAUAACUUGUGGGUUGUGUGGUCUUGAACAAGGUAUGUAACCACCUGGUGCCUCUUUCCUCAUCAGUGAAGGUGAGUGAGAGUGUUGUCUACCUGGCAGAGCUGUUUUGAGAACAGAUUGGAUUGAUGAAUAUAAGGCACCUACUCUUUGUAGGGAUUCUAUAAAUAGUAGAUGUUGUUACUAUCCUUAUUUCCAUUCUCUUUUCUCUCUUACUGUUUAUCUUAAACACUCCUUCCUUUUCCAAUCAGAAAUCAUGCAUUUCCAACCCUGGCUAUCUGUUAGCAGCCACUGGACUACUGGGAGUUUCUGGGGAAUGGAAUAUUAUGAACUCUCAAAAUUUCAUUUCAUCAGGAACCUUAUAUCCCUUUGAACAGUGAUAAAAGCCUUAAUAAGAAUAACCACUAUUUGGCCCAUUAAAAUAAUACAAAGAUAAAUGUGAGUUUGCAAAAAAACCCUUAAAGUAUAAAGCAAAGAAUUGGAGAGUUAAAUGGCAUGUGAAGAAUCUGAAGACAUAACACAUAUUUAAAUUUAUGAUUUUUUAUUCUCUCUCUCUAUUUAUUACAACAGAUUCUAAAAGAUUGUUCUCAUAACAAGACCAUUAUCCUGAGUAGAUUUAAGGACUUUUUUACCAGUAUUUUUUCUUGAAAUAAUUGAGUUUGCUGAAAUAAACAAUUCAGCUCAAUAUUUUUCAUCUCCCUCUAAUACAGAUGUAUUUGAUUCCUAUAAAUCUGGGUGAAGUCAGUCAUGAUUUUAUUCAUAUUUGUUUUCCACAGGGUUUAUGAGCUAUUAAGUCAUGUUGCAUUUAUUAUAGAUCAUGUUUGCUUUUUGGCAAGAUAAUUUUAACGAUUGAGAACAAUAUUUUAGUACAUGUAACACUGGGAAAACAACCAGAAAGGAGAAUUGAAGCAAAAUGUUCCUUACAAUAAAUACUUUAAGUAAAUAAAAUAUUCCAUUGUGAAUCAAGCAUACAUUUACAUAUGAAAUGUAUAAAAAUCAUUUAGUAUUAUGCAUACUGUUCAUUCUUAUGGUUCAUAUAUGUAUAUAUAUUCCUCUCAUAUAAGAAUAUAUCUAUAUCACUUUGUCUUUUUGUUUGUAAUAUAUGUAUAUAUUCCCAUUAUAUCUUUCUUCCAGCCUCAAAUAUGUGGAUAUUUUCUUGGUUUUGUGCCAUUUUAAUUAUCUUGGCUGUUGCUGGUGUGGACACAAUAGUAAAGACCACACCAUAUACCAAAUUCACGAAGAAGUCUGAGGGAAAAGAGAUGCCAAAGGGUCCAAAGCCAUCCAGUGGCCAACCUCCAGAAGAAGAAGAAACUCCCUUCACAGAAGCAGCUGAAAUGGCAGAACCAACCCCUGACCCCUCAGCUUUCAAUUCUGUCUUUGGUGCUGCCACCCUCUUCCCCUCUGAAAACCUCACUCUUGACACGGCUGAUUUCUUCUUGAAUUGCUGUGAUUGUUGUUCAUCUGGACCAGGGCAAAAAGGAGAACCUGGAGAGACUGGAAAACCAGGUUUUAAGGGAGAAGCUGGUGGUAUGGGGAUCCUAGGGCCACCAGGAGUCACUGGACCCCAAGGUCCAAAAGGCCAGAAAGGAGAGAAGGGACUUAAGGGAGAACGUGGGGAGCAAGGAACAAAUGGAGUUCCAGGAUACCCAGGAAAACCUGGAGUACCAGGUGGACUUGGUCCUAAGGGGGAUAGAGGAAAUAUUGGCCUGGCAGGAGUGAAAGGACAAAAAGGCUCGAAGGGGGACACGUGUGCCAAUGGUACCAAAGGAGAUAAAGGAGACCGAGGGGCUGUGGGUGCACCAGGCUUGAAUGGAGAGCCUGGGGCCAAGGGAGACAAGGGGGAGAUGGGGGAUAAGGGCUACUGUGGAGAUUCUGGGGAGAGGGGGGGAAAAGGAGAAAAAGGCGAGGAGGGCAUGAAAGGAGAAAAAGGUAGCAAAGGAGAUAUUGGAAUGGAAGGGAAAAGUGGUUCAGACGGGCUGCCUGGGCCCCAAGGUGAUCCAGGAGUUAAAGGAGAAAAGGGAGAGUUGGGUCCUCCUGGUCUUGUGGGACCUGCAGGGCCAAAGGGUGAACUUGGGAGCAAAGGGGUCCGAGGGUCUAUUGGGAAGAAGGGCUCUCGGGGCCUCAAGGGCUCCAAGGGGGAGGUGGCCAGAGUCCCACAGUCAGCUUUCAGUGCUGCUUUAUCCAAGCCUUUCCCCCCUCCAAAUGCCCCUAUCAAGUUUGACAAGGUUCUCUAUAACGACCAAGGGAACUACAGCCCUGUCACUGGGAAAUUUAACUGUAGUAUUCCUGGGGCAUAUGUUUUUUCCUACCACGUCACCGUGAGGGGCCGACCUGCUCAGAUCAGCCUGGUGGCCUGGAAUAGGAAGCAGUUCAAGUCCAGAGAAACGCUCUAUGGUCAUGAAAUAGACCAGGCCUCUCUCCUCAUCAUCUUGAAAUUAAAAGCAGGGGACCAAGUCUGGCUGGAAGUUUCAAAAGAUUGGAAUGGGGUGUAUGUCAGUGCUGAGGAUGAUAGCAUUUUUACUGGGUUCCUUUUGUACCCAGAGGAAAACCCUGGCAUUUCACCAUAAACUUGUAUCUUCAACACUGUAGUUUGGGUUUAGUGGAAUAAGUCAGGUAACAUUGGGUAGUGCUAUUGAAAAAAGUAAGCUUCAUUUUUUUUCAUGAUUAUAAAAAUAAUACAGAAAAAUUAAGAAAAAAUUAUAUCACCUAGAGUCAAUAAUUCCUAUUUUAGAACAUCACCUUUAAAAAAUAUUUAUAUGUAUUUGAGAGCAUGUGUCUAUUAAUUUUGUAGCUAGCUUUUUUCAUUUAGCAUUAUAAUGGCAUUUCUCAAGCCCUUUAAAUAAUAUUUGUAUACAAAAAUAUGAAUGAAAUUUGUAAUAAAUAAAUAUAUUCUUAC